GCGUCGGCCGGCGUCGCCAGUAGCGCGCGCGACCGCCGUCUGCGCGACGACGCGAGGCGACGCGACGCGACGCGACGCCGGCCGACGCUGCGAUACUGUGUGCGCCGUCGCGGCCGACGCUCUCGCGCUCUGGGCGAUCGCCCGUCGAGGCUCCCCCCGGCGCGUGUGUUCUGCAGGCGGAGCGGCGGACACCUUGCGCCCUCGGAAGGCCGAGGAGGGACGCCGCGGCGGUGGGCGAGUCUCCGACCCUGCGGUCAAGUCGCCGCCGUACUAACCUCAACUGGCGGCGUGACGGCGCGGAGCGGCGGCGGCCCGCGGGCGCAGAUGCGGCCGGGCUGGAGGAUGCGCCCGCGCCCGCCCCGGCCCGGCUAGCCUCACCAUGAGAGCGGCCUGCCGCUGCUGUCUCAUCGCCAUGGCCGCUCACGUCGUCCUAUCCCUCACUCCAGAACCCGGGACCGCCUCCAGCAGCAGCGCGGCCACCACGGCGACGCCCGCCGGCAGCCUGAGCGAGUCGCCGGCCGCCGCAGGCGCGCCGCAGCCCCCGGAGGCGGCGCAGCUGCAGAGCAGCGCCUCCCCCCAGCCGCCGCCCCCGCCCCCGCACGUCGUUCCCGCGGCGCCCACGCCCGGUGCCGCUGGCAGUGGGAGGCGGCCGGGCCACCACACGGUGGCGCCGCUGCUGCUGGCGCACAUCUUCGACACACACUCGCCCGCCAACAAGCACCACCACCACGACCACCGCUGGGGACCGCACUUCGAGGACGACGGCCUCAACGUCACCAACGUCACCGUCCAGGUCGGCGACACCGCCGUCCUCAACUGCAAGAUCAGCCUCUUGCAGGACAAAGUGGUGUCGUGGGUGUUCCGGCAGGAGGGCUCUGAGGACAUGCAGCUGCUGACGGUGGGCCACGCGACGUACAGCGCCGACCAGCGCUACGUUGUCGACUUCCAGUACCCCAACAACUGGCGCCUGCUGGUGCAGCGCGCCGCCAUCCGCGACCAGGGGCUCUACGAGUGCCAGGUGUCGACGCACCCGCCGCGCGCCGCCCAGUCCUACCUCCUGGUCCAGACUCCAGAGGUAAUGAUAGUCGACGAGCAAGGCCAUCAAGUCCACGACAAAUUCUACGAGGCGGAGAGCACGAUCCAGCUUUCAUGCCUCGUGAGGCAUGUUUCCAUGACGUCGUCAGUCGUCACGUGGCUUCAUGGUGACCGCGUCCUAAACUACGACACGACGAGAGGAGGGAUAAGCGUGCGCACGGAUCUGACCAACGAAGGCGCCAACAGCUCGCUGUCUGUGGCCCGCGUCGACAAAGCGGACAGCGGCAACUACACCUGCUCCAUCUCCACCACGGAGUUCGCUACCGUCGCGGUGCACAUCCUCAACGAAAGCCUAGCGGAGCUGCACCUGAGCCACUGUGUGCCGACAACGCCCGCCACCUGCGGCCCGCUGCUGCUGGUGGUAGCCCUGGCCACGCUGUUGGCAGCCCUGCGCGCCGCCAGGUGAGGCCACAACCGCUGGUCUUGUUGCGGACACAUAUCACCCGAGUGCCUCAGUCGCCAGCAGCUCUGCGGCCAUCGACGACGUCUGCGUCGGACCCCACGAGAGUAGCUGACCGCGGAGAACGCUGUGCAUGCAGUGGUGCGCGUCCUCGCCAGGCGUCCAGCGCCCGACCUGUACUGUACCUCCAGCCGGCUGUACACUCCGCUUGGAAUCUGGUGCUACUCUCGAAACAGAGUCCCAUUUGACUUCCUAUCUGGAAGCAAUGCUGCGAAAGACACCAAACGAAAGUGUUCAGUUUGUGACUUCCUAUCAAUGACAGAAUUUAUUUAUUAUAUUUUAAGAGAAUCGCGUACUUCUAGAAGUGUAAAUAUGUUCGUCCAGGCGUUCAGACCCGUUUUCUAACGCCCAGAGAUUGGUAAAGGGCACUGAAUUCUAAAAACUAUCGUUGUUCGUACGACAAUGUGUUUUCCGUUCGGACUAAAACUUUAUUUCCCGUGUUGAUGAUUCGAGAUUGAUUUAUUGUGGUUGUCUUGGAGAUAUAAAAAUUUUAAUCCAGAAUAUUUUUUUCUGGUGAGCUUUCUAGAGAAGAAAUAUACUGUCUAAUAAUGGAUAAAAAACGAAAAAUAUAUAUACAGCGUUUUAAAGGUCUACAGGUUUUUACACAAGACCAAGUUCUCGAUAUUCUAAUUUCAUUCCAUGUAUUACUACUGUCGGUGCAACACAUUUGAAAAUGUGGUAUCAUUGAUGAUAUGAACAACUGUUUGUAUGAAUUGAUUUCUUGGUGAAUUUUUUUGAUAAGAAGAGGGCCAAUUCAAUUGUUUAAUGCGCACAGAGUAAAAAAUACAAUGUGUGUUACUGAUAUGUUAA